AUGGCCUUCCUUCACGUGGUCUUCGUCGGGCUCGUGAUCGCUGCCAUCGCCGCAGCGGCGUGGUUCUUGACCCCUCGUGGAAAAAACCAAGUUCUCAUACGGUCAAGUGUCACUCUGACACUGAUUUGCUGCUACUUGAUGUGGGCCAUCACAUAUUUGGCGCAACUGCAUCCCCUGAUAGCACCACGAAAGUCUGAUCUGCGUCAUGCAGAGUACUAG